AUGUCAGUAAUUAUUCAUUGUGCAAAAGUGAAAGAUAGUAGUGAUUUGUUCGAUAUUCGCCGGCUAAUCGGUCAUCAUUACCCCGGUUUAGUUAGUGUGAAUUGUAUGUACACCGAGAAUGGAUUUUUACUGAAGACACUUGAAGCACAUUUUAAAAAUACGAAUGUGCUCCAGGAUAUUGAGAAGCAGCAGCUCAUCAAAAUCGGAGAUACUAAAUACCGUGCAACAGUCACAAAUAAAAAUACAAAAGUCUUCCGCUGUUACAAAUGUAAGACUCUGGGACACAAAGUGAAAGAAUGUCCUGUAUGGCGAAGUGGUUACCGUCCGACAAAGGCUCUAGCUAUUCAAAAUACACAACCAGCAAAAUCAGCAAAAAAACUACGAAGGCAAGCAAAGAGACAUGCUAUUGAAUCAUUGUCAACCUUAGAAUCUCUACCUAACGAAAUUUUACUUGAAAUUUUGAGACUACUCCCUGCACGUGAUACUAUAUUCGCAUUUUACAACAUGAAUGCAAGAAUACGUCACUUGAUUGGGGCCUUUCAAUCAAUCAAUUUUACUGCUUUACCCUAUACAUUCUUUCUCGAAUAUUGUGCGAUGUUAAUGAACCGCGAGCACGAACUUCAAUCGUUAACAUUAUCCAAUCUCGACUCGUGCGAACAAAUUGAACUGUUUUUCUCCAAUUUUCCAGUUGAACAACUUAAGAAUCUUCGAUCUCUCACUCUAUUUAAUCCGUCUUAUCCGGUCUUGGAUACUAUUCUGUCAAAAUUAUCUGUAUUAGGGUGUUUGUCAAGUUUAAAAAUCGAGUUUAAGGAGGAUGCCGUUUCUAGCGCUCAUUUUUUCUGUAAUUUUGAUACUUCGGUAUCAUUACGUUUGUUAAAGUUCAACGGUAGCGUAUAUAUGUCUGGCUUCUGUGUUGCCUUGUAUCCUAAUUUGGUAUUUUUAAAAAUUACAUCCACUAUAUCACUUCAAUAUUAUGCAGAUCUUCUUCAAUCGAUACCAAAAACUUUGGAGAAGCUUUCAGUUAAAUUAGACGUAAGUGACGAUCUUACAGACGAUAUUGCUAAUUUAUUCCUGCAAAAUUCGAAUAAUGUUAAACAUUUGAAGAUCUCUAUCGCUGAUAAUAUCACGUUUAAUCAUUUUCAAAUCAUGAGUAUACCUUUUCACCAAUUGCUGACACUUUCAUUCGAAUAUGAUGCUGAUUAUGACGACACAGAUGAUUCUUAUUUUGACGGUUCGGAUUGGGAACAAUUUAUUAAAUCCUAUUUACCUUGUUUAAAGACGCUUGAUAUUGUUAUGAACGUGUAUGAUUUUAGAAGAGAUAUUUAUGACAGACUACAAACGUUCCAAACCAGCUUUUGGUUCGAAAGGAAAUGGUGAGUUUGAAAUUGAAAAACCUGUCCAAUUCCUCAACUUUCAGACCUUGUUGUCUGUAAGCUCGAUUUGUCUUGCUAUCGGUACCUUGUACAUAAGCAAAGUUUAAUAGCAUUACCUGACAAAGUCCACUAGGAUUCAUUUUCUACAACUAAGUUUGUUGACAUUUCCUAGAGAGUUUUUGACGUUCUUAGUUUCCCAAAGGCUUUCUAAUAAACAUUUUCUCAUAUUUUCCAAAACUACAUGUACAUAUUCUCACUAGUUAUUACCAUACAUUUUAGGAAAAAGUCGUAAUCGAUGUCAUCUACCUAGAAACAAAAAUAUUCAACUAUUUAAUGUUUAAAGGACCAAACAUGUUUAUGACGUGAUCUUAUGAGGGAACGUUCUUAAGUGCCCACUCGCUUUUUCGAUGAAAUCUAGUGAGUUGUAGGUUAUCGAUGAUGCUGAUUCUAAAUAUAAAUAUGAGAGCUGCUCUUAGGACUUCUAAGGCUCUGUUUUCUGUAAAACCAGUUUUUCAGAAACUCUGAAAAACAAACACUGCUUUUCUUAUUAAGCCAUACUUGUAACCCGCAUAUUUCUGAUUAAAAUGAGACCUCUCCCAACUCUACACGACCUUUCUUUGCAAAGUUAUAGAAUUUACAAGAAAAGCCAUAAAUGAAUUUCUUCUUAUUUCCGUAGCUUUGCGUUGACAAUGAAUAUUUAGGCUUUUCUUUGUAAAUUCUAUAACUUUGCAAAGAAAGGUCGUGUAGAGUUGGGAGAGGUCUCAUUUUAAUCAGAAAUAUGUGGGUUACAAGUAUGGCUUAAUAAGAAAAGCAGUGUUUGUUUUUCAGAGUUUCUGAAAAACUGGU